AGGAAGUCACAUGAAUUCAAAUUGUGCACCAUUCUUUGGCUUAACUAAACGUAUGUAUCAAGUUGAACAAGUGAUCUUGAGGUAAUAUAAUGAAUGAGGAGCAUGCUAUAUCAGAGAUGUCACAGCAGACGAGAUGGAUGGAUAAAAAACUUUAGAAACUACACAGAACUCCGGCAAACCAGCAGUUUUAUAACAAAGCAUAAUUCAUGUUAAAGGAUUGCAAAAACUUGUUAUCAAAAACUGGAUCAGCUGUUGAUCAAUUUCCUAUUUGAUUUGACUCAUUGCUUUGGAUCAUAACAAAGCAGAGGACAUACAAUUUGAUCAGUUUUAAAGAUAUUCAACAAAUCGUUUGAUCAGUUUUCGAUCCAACAAAUCAGAAUAAAUCAUGCAUUCUAUGUGACAUUACUGCCCAGUGGCAAAAUUACUGUUAGAUAUACAUACCCUUUAUCACGAAACGUAAUUCAUUUACAAGGACGCCAUCGUGGAAUUACUACAGAUUUGGAUACAACUUACAUUCAAUGUGACAUAUUGUUCAAGCUGGAAACUGGAUUAUGAAUAAGAAAUUUCCCAGAGGGAAAUUGAUGAAAUAUUUCAUGAAUUAACACAAGGCAGAAUCGGUUCAUGAACGGAAUAUAUACGGUAAAAAAAAUUCACGGCUGCAUGAUACGUGGUCUUAUGCUAGGGUGAAGAAAGUGUAGAAUUCAAUUUUGUUUAUUGUGAUUGGCUAAGUUACUAUUCUCCGGUACCAAAGGAAUACGCACCUGUGAGACAAGAUCUUGUAGGAAAUAUCAGCAAAAACGCUAGAAUUCUUUUAGUGGCGGAUGUAUAUGCAUGAUUAUCAUCAGCGAGUGGAUUAUUAAAGUGAAAUGCAAAUGUCUAACGGAUGCGUCCAACCCCUCAACUGGUCUGAGGGAUGCAAUAUGUAGCAAGGAUUACGAAGCGCAUAGCUAGAUUUAAAAAGUUUUUAAAGUAAUAUUGAUUUUUUCACCACUUAGGAGCUUGCGCUUCAAUCACUGGAUAACAAUAUUGCAUUGGAUUCUAGGCAAGGAUUCUGGAAGUGAUACCUAAAUGGUUUUUGAUAAAAUAAAAUCAAACAGAUGUUGACAUCAUUUGCAUAAAACCUUGGAUUACGACUCAACUGGAUAUGACAUGCGAUUAUGUGAUAUUUGGUGUGGAGUAAAAAUCAUAGUUUCCAGUUCAUUUGGUAGAAAGUGAGGAACACAAGAAAAUUCUCACACUUUUAAAUCAGAUUAUUUCGAACGGCUAACACCACAAUGGCGGACGUGGAUUCAUCGUAUUUGGGCGACAACGAUACGAUUGGGUAUAAUCUGACCAAUGAAACUGCUGAGAACACAAGCUUGCCUUCAAACGGAGGAACUGGAGGGACGUUACCGGACAAUUCAGUCUAUAUCGAAAUUAUCAACGGGUACGUCCAACCCGUCGUCUGUGCCUUUGGAAUUCUGGGCAAUAUGCUGAACCUUAUCGUUUUGUCGAGGAAGCGAUUCACCACCUCCAUGGACAGCAUGGAACGGACGGUCCAAAUGUGCCUCAUUGCUCUUGCCGUUAGUGAUAUGAUGUUCUGUUUGGUGGCGCUACCCCAGUCUAUGCUGAAACAUCCUUAUAUUUCUCACAGCAUGAUGUCAUUUCUGUUGUUUAAAUUUGUUGAGACGCCUCUAGUGAAUACCUUUAUAUUGACGAGUACGUGGUUGACGGUCUCUAUGACCAUUGGCCGAUAUAUCGUUGUGCGUCACCCGCUACAUGCGCGCUCCAUUGUCGAUGCCAAGUGCACCAGAUUAGCCAUUAUAUCCGUUUAUGUGAUAUCAAUAGGAAUAAACUUACCCCGCUUCUGGAUGAACCAGAUUUACCCCAUUCGGUGUAUACUCCUGGCUAGAUAUGGGUACAUCGACGCAAAAGGCAUCGAUAUUAAUGACACCUGCUAUCUUGUGGAUAAAUCAAAACUUGGUCGUGAUCUGACAUUCCUUGUUAGUUAUACAAGUGUUGUAUUCGUCAUCGGCUUUGUGAUUCCUUUACUAAUCCUGAUCUACUGUAACGCUCAUCUCAUCCGAGCGCUGAACCAGGCCAGGCGCAUCCAGCGUCAGAUCAGUGCCAACGCGUCAUACCGCCAACAGAAGGACCGCCUGACGCCUACUCUAAUUACCAUAAUUAUCAUGUUCUUCAUUUUGGUAGCACCAGGUGAAAUAUACAUGUACAUCAACAUAGUCCACGGGCCAACUCAACAAGUUUCAACGGACACGAUUUUCUGUAUUACGAACACUCUUAACCUUAUCAAUUACAGUAUGAACUUUGUCUUAUACUGUGCGGUGAAUGCGUCUUUCCGGAAAACACUGCGUUCGAUGGUGAUCCAUUGGUGUUUCACACAAGACCCACGGUUGACGUCGAUUAACCCGAACAAUUCUGUGAAUACCUAUCAGACGGUUAGUUAUAAUGUAGCGCCGCAACAACGAGUUGUAAAUGGGAGUCAACAGCUGAACAAUGUUCAAAUUGAACAUGUACCAGUGUAGCGAAACAGGCAGCGGUUUUGAGCGGUGCAGCAAAUAUCACCAUCAUUGGGUAGUUCUGUUCAUUCACUUACAUGUACUAUUGCCGACUUUAAGUGCCCUGCAUACAAGUGAUUUUUAUUGCUUCGAUGAGUGAUACAAAGAUUGCUUGUCUGCGGAAUAAUGCGUGGUUUGACACCUGCUGUAGGCUGCCCAGUCACCUCCCAUUCUUCGUAAGUAGUUUCCAUCAACAAAUUGCACGAAAGAGGAAAAUUCAAAAUCUGACUCAGUUAUCACGCGAGAAGAACGAACAUACUGCAGCAAAAAGCUGCCCAUUCCUUUCAGCAACUGGGAGAACAUUGAGGUGGCUGCUUCUUUGACCUUAAAGGAUAAAAAAACCAGUAACACUUCAACGCUGCAAUGUUUCAUUUGUCAGGGCAUGCUAUUGCCACCCCUUCUUCAUUUUCUACCAAAGGUAUGCCAGAGUAAUUAUCGGUCACAUAUCACAUAUUUGGAAUAUCAUGUCAGAAAAUGAGAUCAUAUUAUCUUCAAUACCCCUUUCAACAAAGCUGUCAAAACUGACAUCACUGAUAACUAGAAUCUCUUGUGGCGUUAUACUGAAAUGUCAUGUUUGACGUGAAUGAUAUUUGAGGAUGAUCCAUGGGGAUGUGAUAUUUCAUACUAGUCCCCUUAGUUCACGGUAUAAUUGUUGAUGCUUGUGUUUUGGUCUUGUCGACAUGUACACUGUAUUUUUUAACCUAUUCCACAGCAUCUCCUGAAUUAAAAGUACAUAAUAUCAACUUGAUCAACUCUCUCAACCAGUCAUAACUAUAUACUAAGACUGUUAACUGAGCUGAAUUUGUGAUAUCAGUUCAGAUAAUUCAAUAAUGAGGACAGUAUUGGUACAUAAUUGACACCAACACUGUUUUGAACAACCAAGCCCCCAAGGCACCAAAUUCCACAUGUUACACAAUGACCACCAAUUGAAUAUAUGAAUUGGUCAACUUUGAUGUCCUUGUUCAAGUUUGUGAGUAUAUUGAAUA